AUGCUAAUGCGGUUUAGUGCAGGAAACUCUGGAUGCCCCUUUUUCCUCUGGGGACUUCUAGCCUUCUUGGGCUUGGCUCUGCUUAUAUCGGUGAUAUUCAAUAUCUCCCACUAUGUAGAGAAGCAGCGGCAACGAGAUAAAGUGUACAGAUACUAUGAUGACUACAUUCCAAGAGUUGAUGAAUAUUAUGUUGAAGAUACUCCAAUUUAUGGUAAUUUAGAUAAUAUAAUCCCAGAGCCAAUGGAUGAGGACUGCUAUGAACAAAUGAAAGCUCGGCCACAGAGAUCUGUGAGUGACAUGCAAGAAGCCGCCGCAUCUGCACAGGUACCUGCUGAAAGUCAGAUGUGCUAUGCCACACUGGAUCACAGCAUCAAGGGGAAACGCAGAAGGCCCCGGAAGCAGAAUGCUUAUUUUUCAGACAGGGAGAAGGAUGCACAAGUUUGUGCAAUGGAUACCAGCGUUUCUCAGAACAAUUUGGUACCAGAUUUCUCAUCUGAUAACCAGGCAGUAGAAGAAAGUGUUCAUGAUGAUCCUGCAAGACUGUUUGGAUUGAUCCGUGCCAAGAGAGAGCCUGUAGUCUAG